CCGCCGAAUUGCCGUUAAUAUGUCUUCACUCAGCACUGUCAGUUGCGUUCUCCAUGCGUUUACAGCUGCUUCCCAAAGCCUGCCUGCUGUUGUUAGCAUGUUUCAUGACAUGCGCGGUUGGAACAUUUGGCUCUAGUGUAUCUGCUGACGAGCGCGCAGCUGAUUUCUUCGGCAGACAUGAUUCGGGGUCAGAACACACCAACAAUUGGGCAGUCCUGGUUUGCGCAUCUCGGUACUGGUUCAACUACAGGCAUAUGGCAAAUGCCCUUGGAAUGUAUCGUACCGUCAAGCGUCUUGGCAUUCCAGACUCCAACAUCAUCCUCAUGUUGGCAGAUGACGUAGCGUGCAACGCAAGGAACAAAUUUGCUGGCAGUGUCUAUGCAGAAGCUGGCCGGCACUUGGAUUUGUAUGGCGAGAACAUUGAGGUUGAUUAUCGUGGAUAUGAAGUUACUGUGGAGAACUUUAUACGUCUAUUGACAGGUCGGGUGGAUCCCUCUAUGCCACGGUCGAAAAGACUUCUGACAGACGACCGCUCAAACAUCUUUGUCUACAUGACUGGCCAUGGAGGAAACGAGUUCCUCAAGUUCCAAGACCAAGAGGAAAUAAGCGCAUUUGAUAUUGCUGACGCAUUCGAGCAAAUGUGGCAGAAGAAAAGAUACAACGAAAUUUUAUUCAUGAUUGAUACCUGCCAAGCAAAUACCAUGUACUCUCAGUUUUAUUCUCCCAACAUCCUUGCCACUGGGUCAUCCCAGAUUGAAGAAAACUCUUACUCCUAUGAAAAUGACAAUGACAUUGGUGUCUCCGUCAUUGAUAGCUAUACACAUUACGUCCUCAAAUUCAUGGAAGGAAUAAAUAAGACAAGCCAGACAUCUAUGCAGGAUUUGUUCAAUUCCUAUGACCCGGUGAAAAUUUACUCUCAUCCCGGCAUCCGCUCUGAUCUUUUCCGCCGUCCCUUGGACAAGACGCUUAUUACCGAUUUCUUCGGAGGCGUCGCACAAGCUGAAGUCUUUCCAUUGCAGGAAGUUGUGGGCUCAAGUAACCAUCAUGAGAAGGAUCCUGCGCUUCCACCUACCUCCCGAGAGCCAGACGCCCUGUCUGUACCGGUGGUAUUGUCGACGACUGUUACUUCCCUCCCGACACUGGCGGGUGAGACGAAUGUAUGGGAUAGCGGGUGGAAAGGAGUCAGAAAAUGGACUUCUGUCUUUAUCGUAGGAUGUCUUGUAUCGUGGGUUUCUUUUGUGCGGUAAUGCUAUAUCUAUUGUCCCAGUC